AUAGACCUGUAGAGGGAGCUGUAAUCAGCUUUUAAAAAAAAGGCGAUCUCUGGAAGUGUACAGUACAUUCAGACUUCUUUCAGUGAAGUGUGUGUAAACACACACCAAGAGCAUCCCAACAGAGAAGUGCUCCGUCUUGCCAUUCACAAACAUCAAGAGAUCACAAGUGCAUUACUGAAGGAUGAUUUUGCACCAAACAUUGUCCUGGAUGCAUUUAGUCAUCUUUGCUUUGUUGACUAAGCAUAUGUCACUCUCAGCCACCUUAGCAGACAUCUCAGUGGAUCCUCCAGAAAACAUAAAGAUCAUUGAUCCAGGUCAUCUGGGUUACUUGAACAUUGAGUGGAGUCAACCAAGCAGCUUGUUUAACCUCUCAAACUGUGAUAUCCGCUACCAGCUCCGCUUUUAUGACACAUAUACAGAGAGAUGGAAGGGUGUACAAACAAACAAGCUAUUCUAUGCAGCCCAGUUUGACCUGGAGAAACCCAUCCGGCUGAAAAUGCUCACCCUGCUGAAGGGUUUGUGCACCAAUGGGGCAAACAUUCUGGGACAGGAAGUCGAGCUUGUGCACACAUUUAAACACGAAGGUUUGGCUGGCUCAAGAAUAAGGGAUUUCCACUGCAUUUACGUUAACAAGGAAUACAUGGAGUGCACAUGGGAGCCUGGAAGUGCUGAGCCUGCCAACACAAGAUACUACCUCUAUUACUGGCACAGGGAAAUGCAGGAAACAAAAGAAUGCCCAGAAUACAUCUCAUCUCUUGGGCACCACAAAGGAUGUAGAUUCCCUCCAACUUCCCUUUUGGAUUUUUCAGAGUUUAACAUUUGUGUGAAUGGGUCUUCUGAGGUGGGAUAUUUACAGCCGGCUUUCUUUUCCUUGGCAAUCCAAAACCAUGUCAAACCUGGGGAAGUGACUAAUCUUCAUUUGGAUCAUAAUAACACUCUGGUGCAUGUAGAGUGGGCACCUCCAUCAGGUCCCAUUCCUGAUCAAUGUCUGGAGUAUGAGCUUGAAAUAACAACAGUGAACCUCACUGGCAACAAGCAACAGACACUGGUGAUUGAGGAGACAGCAUAUACAUUCCAUCAGGAUGGUGAAACUAAGAAAAACUGCUUCCAGGUCAGAUCUAAAGUGAACAUUUACUGUGCCGAUGAUGGUUUCUGGAGUGACUGGAGUCAGCCAAGAUGCAUUCCAGAGACUGAACCAGAAAUAAUUAGAUCUACAACAUCCUGGAGCACUUUGCUACUGAUUGUUAUUAUAGCCAGCAUCACUGUUUUGGUUGGCACCAUCUGCUUCAUACUUUGGAUGUUCAGGAAGAUGUGGAACAACAGAAACGAACAAAAGCAUAUUUUUCGUGCUCUGUACCAGGAAAAGGUUCAGAAGGUGGUCCCCACUAUAUUCAGUCCUAUGAUUUAAAUGUUCAUUUCUCAGCCAUCAUUGCACCUUGUGCAAGUACAUAGCCUCUGUCAGUUUCCAUCCAAUCAGUUUACAAUACUGAACAAUUCAAUGGCUGGACAUGUUUUCUUAAGAUGCACAAUGAAACAUAUAAAUCCUGCACCUUUUUUUUUUUUUUUUUAACAGUGAAUGCUGUCAAUCUACUGUAGGUAAAAUUCAAUAUAUAUAUGUGGCAGCAUAGCACUACCAAACAGUGUUUCCUUUCUGAAUGUAUUUCCUGUAUUGUUUACUUGCCAUUUUUAUUAAAACACUGUACUAAUCCAAAGUUACUCAUUAAAUGCCAGAGUUCUUGCCAACCUUUAAACUAAACAAUGUAUGUUUUACUGAAUAUUUUAGCAUGUUAUUUGUUUAAUGAAACUUGCUAUUAUUUCUUUGUCUGUUCGAUAAUACGUCCUUUUAAAAAGGACAUUCACUAUCCUUUCCUUGUUUACUGUAUGUUACACACUGAACAAGUUAUUUGAAACCUCACUUUUCUCCUCUGUAUGUCACAGCUUUUACAAUAAAAGAUUUGUCUUUUGCUAUA